CUUAAACGGAGUGACAAUCUUCGCAUCACGCAUGGCUUGAGGGAUGUAACCCUGCUCCCAACCGUGGCGAAGAAGGUCGUGGAGUGGCUGGAGCAGAACUGGUUAGCCGCUUUUCAAUAUUUCCGGAGGAAUUCUGUCGCUCCCAGGUGCUUUGCCGCAGGCAAGGCAGUCCAAGGCUUUACUAAGCUCUUCCACAGCAGGAGGGGUAUCCAAUUCCCCCAUAAUCGGCAGGCCCGGGAUUGAGUCAAGGGCUGUGGCAGUUACUGUAUUCAACUUUGCGUACAGCUCCAGGUAGUGCUCGGUCCAGCGCGGCAUCUGCCCCUCCUGAUCUGCCAGGACUUCACCGGUUUUGGACUUAAGUGGAGCGGUCUUGGACGGGGUUGGUCCUGUGGCCCUAUUUAUACCUUCGUACAUCCCCCUCAAGUUGCCUGCAUCGGCAGCUGACUGAAUGCUGCUACAGAGGUUUCUCCAGUACAUGUUGGCGCAACGUCGAGCGGUCUGCUGAGCUUCACCCCUGGCGGUCCGGAGGGGCUGCAGCGUGCCGGGUGUGGGGUUGACCUUGUGGGCCAGUAAAGCUUGUCUUUUCUUCUCCGUCACCGGCAUCAUUUCCCCCCAGUGUGCCUCAAACCAGUCCGUGCUCCUCCUUAUUUUUCUACCGUAGGCUUUAACGGCGCAGUCGCACAUGACGUCGCGAAGGCGUGACCACCUGCAGUCAAUGUCAUCGCCCUCCUGUGCAUUCUCACCAAGAACAGCUUCCAGGCUGCUGACGAACUGCCGGGUCUCCACAGGGUCGUGGGUGCAGCUGGUAUUUAUACGAGGGUGACUCAUACCUUUUGAGUGAUGCAGUCUCCUCGGCGCCAUGCGCACCCUGCUGGCCACGAGUGCGUGAUCCGUAUCGCAGUCCGCGCUCUGAUAGCUGCGGGUUAGGAGAACGUUUCUAAUCUCCGCUCUUCUUGUGAUAACGAGGUCAAGAAUAAAAUUUAGAGCAUCUUAAAACUUAUCGCUCAUAAAUGGAGUAAAAUAUCUCAUGGUAUAAGGAUAAGUACAAAGUAAAUGAACAAUGUGAAGAAAUUUUAUCCGUGCCCAUGCCAUGUGUGUAUUCCAAUUGAUGUUUUUAAUAGAGUCUUCAGGUUUAUUUAUGACGUAUGCGCAAUUUAUGAUAUUUAAUCGUUUUUAAUAAAUAGUACAACAGUUGUUUCUUCCACAUUCAGGUCUUGAAUCACCUCUGAUCGACGUGAUCUCGCUUUGGCUUCCAUCGUAACUUGAAUGUACCUUUAAAAUGAACAUCAAAUUUUGUGUAAACUCAUGUUUUGUCUACAGGUAGACACGUGUGAGCAUUCAAUGAAAGCUUUCCCAUGUUGGUGGUUGGAACGCAAUUAAUGUUCGUAGCUCUAAUAUGAGUUAAAAUUUUCAAGUUCCAUGCUCAUAAGUCUAGACGUGAUAUGGCAAUUUCAGUUUCAUAAAAACUCUCAUAACCCCACAAAUUACUGUACCUUAUUCUUCCUAUUCUUUCAAAAUGUGAUGUUUCUUGAUCAUACAUUCUCUCACAUUUUCCUGUGUUUACAGUGAUCGCCUAGAUACCAUGUACGGCUCUGUCGAUCAAGUCUGGAGGCGACACAUCCCGCCAGACAAGCGACAUCCCGCCGGGGCAACAAGAGGGGAGACACAUAAGAUCGGUGUCCGUUUCGACAGCAACUUCAGCACCUUGGAACUUGAGGCUUUACCAAAGCAAAUUGACGAUGUUUGUUGUAGACAUGGAGCGUCUUUCAAAUUCAUCUCACGUAUGAGGUAUGGCGGUUACAGCGUCACCCGCUGGCACUUCCCAGACCUCCGCAACGUGGACUUGGACUGGAUGAUUGGCAUCCUGCGCCAAUUCAGGGAUUCUCGCCUGAGUCUGGUCUUACCGAGAAAUGGCCUCACCGCUGCGGGCGCUCGUCGGCUGUUCGAGGAGCUCCCCCAAAUCCGGGAGGUAUACCACGACCCUGGCGCGGCGCACCUGACGUCAGCUGGCAGCGGUGCACCUGAUCUCACCUUCAUCGAGUUGUCAACGAACAACAUCAUUCAAUGGAUGUAAAAUGCUGCGGCGUGGUAGUAGGUUUUUCGUGCAGUUGUUGGAUCGCAAAUUCCCGGACAAGAUAAUUUGAGACCUGACCUGCUCUUCAAGACAUUAUCACUGGGGGUCAUGCGGCGAUAUGCAGAGAAAUUUCAAAAUAAAUACUUUACAAAAUAAUUUUAAUUAUUAGGCUUAUCGAAUCUUGUUAGGUCUAUCAUGUUUUGUGCUUUUUACCCGUAUAAUAAUGACACAACAGUGGUUUACGGACGAGGAUAUGGUUGAUACAACAUCAUAUUGUCAUCGGAAAUUGUUAUUGUAGCUUCAGAAGAAUUUCAGCAGUGAUUACAUUUUAUCCUGCUUAAGUGAUACACCCUGGGGUCACAUGCCCAUUCCAAUGAGACU